ACCGCGCGCUCGUUGCUCCCUCCCGCAUGUUCGCAUUUUCGCUAGUGUGCUGUGUUGAAUAGACGUGUAAUUUCACGUACGAUACAAAUAUUGCGCUCGUGUGUGUGAAUUUGUUACGACGAAGAACGUUGAAGUGCGGUGUUGUGAAGAAUUUCGCCGAUUUUUAAUUGCAAAUACGUGAAACAUUCCUUCGUUUUACAUCAAAAUACUGUGUGGAAUUGAUCACGUUUGCUUUCCUGUUGAAAUAACAGUUAAAUUGUGUUUGUUCGGAUUCGCAGUGCAGUGUGUCGACGUAACUAUAAUAAGGGGUGCAUUUGUUUAUUUAUAGACAGUCGCAAUUUGCAUCAUGUAAUUAUUGGUGUGGCGCUAAAAUGUCUCAGAGGGAUACAGCGAUACAUCUUGUGGCGGGAGGUGUGGCAGGCACUGCCGGAGCGGUGGUGACAUGUCCACUAGAGGUGGUGAAGACCAGACUCCAGUCUUCCAAGGGUGUGGGGGUGCCACCCUCCAACCCCCCACCAUCAGAUGCCACCAGCACACGAAGAGUUUGCUCCAAGAUACCUAAACACCAGGAGGCCAAAUGGGGCUACAGACGUACGAUGGGCGCGAUGUUCGCAUACAGCAAGCAAGCAGAUCGUAUGCUGAUGUCGUACAAUUGUCAGGUGCAGCAGUGUGCGAGGGCGGGACACGCCAGGGUUGCCUCCCGGAUGAGCCUUAUACAGUGCAUCAGGCAUAUCGUGCAGACUGAGGGGCCUAAGGCGUUGUUCAAAGGUCUAGGGCCGAAUAUUGUUGGAGUGGCGCCUUCUCGAGCCAUAUAUUUCUGCACGUACUCCCAGGCUAAGGCAAUCUUGAAUCAACACAUAUCGCCAGACACGCCUAUAGUGCAUCUGUCCGCGGCGAGCGCUGCAGGGUUCGUAUCUUGCACGAUGACAAAUCCGAUAUGGUUCGUGAAGACCCGACUGCAGCUUGACGGGCAAAAUGUCACCGCUGUGCAAUGUAUCAAGAGGAUAUAUCACAAAACGGGUAUAAAGGGCUUCUACAAGGGUAUAACAGCUUCCUACAUGGGCAUCAGUGAGACAGUGGUUCACUUCGUGCUGUACGAAGGCGUGAAGGCCCGGCUGAUGGCUGCGAGGAGUAUAGACGGGGUACCAAGUGACCAGCGGUCUCCGAGGGACUUCCUAGAGUUUAUGGGCGCUGGGGCCUUCUCCAAGACAGUCGCAUCCUGUAUUGCUUAUCCUCAUGAAGUAGCAAGGACAAGGCUGCGGGAAGAAGGGGACAAGUACCGCAAAUUCUGGCAGACUCUGCAUACUGUCUGGAUGGAAGAGGGAUACCGUGGCGUCUAUAGGGGCCUGGGCACACAAUUGGUGCGUCAGAUACCCAACACCGCCAUCAUGAUGUCCACCUACGAGGCAGUGGUGUACCUCCUCACCACACACUUCAACAGUUCCUUCUACGAGAACACCUAGCUCACUCUGAGUCAACUGUAGAGACGGAUUCAGUCACCCAGCUACGGCUGUCUAGCCAGAUCAGGUAGAGAGGUGAGAUUACUUGCGAACACGUAGAUUACGAAACCUCAAUUUUAGAGAUUCAAAAUUAUGUAAUAUUUCAAUGUUCCCUUCAUGUGAAACUAUACCUAGCCACAUUCGGCAGGUUAUAGCUUGUCUACGAAAUAUAUUGUCAAUGCUCGAACGCAGUCUCAAUAAUGAGGGAUGAGAAUAAUACUCAUUGCACACGCACGGGGAUUGACAGUAAAUGCGACUGAAUUUACAUUUGUUAUUUUAUUUGUACAUAUUACUGUUAGAUGUAGGAGUAGAACACAAACGUUUAAAUCACUGAACGUUUCUUGAGGUGUAUAACAUGUAGAGAAAACUAAGCAGUCAGUACUUACUUGUCAUUGAUACAACUGUUGAAGUUAUGCUUCUAUAUGAUUGAUUAUUCGGAAGGAAUUCUUCCCGAAUAAUCCGCCUACUUAUUAUAAUGUCGAAUAACAUAGUCAUAGUAGUCUAGUCCGUGGACCGGCCAUACUUGUAGCACAAGCUAAGUAUAUGCAAUACAAACGCACACUAGAGCAAGAUGUUGUGCCAAAAAUGUAUGUUUUACUUUGCAUGUCGACCGACAUUAGGAUUGAUGCCAAUAACUCCAGCUUAGCCUUCGGAAUUAGCGAUAAAUUAUUAUCAUUAUGGACGUAAAUAACUUGUUACUACCAGUCGACGGACAGUAGACAACAUAGUUGCACGUCAAAUAUAUAUUUUCAUCAAAGCCAGUUCAAGUUUAUAAAAUAUGUAUUGUACAUAGGAAAGGAAAUACUAGUCAGUCAAAGUCCGAUAUGUCGUUCUCUAAAUCAAUAUAAAUAUUUGUUAUAGUAUAAAUGUAUUGAAUGUUAUUCAAUAUAAAAUUAUAUUCACUGUAUUACAGGCAAUGAGAUGCUUUUCUGAAGCCAAAUAAUGUCAGUGAUUGAAAAUUCUAGUUUAUACAUUGUUUGCUUACUGUGUGCAUGUGCUUUGUAAAUUAUAUAGACUGUUAGUGCCUAUUUAUAGAAACUGUAAGGGUUUCCUGUGAUGUAGUGAGACUACCAAAAUACUAAUGUAAUUUACGUGAAAACAAUUUGCAAAAAAUAUUGUUUUAUUUAGUUAUAUGUGUUGGCAUAAUAACUAUGGUUUUUGGUGUAGUUUGGAUUUAUUGGAAUUUUUUCAUUGUAUUGUGUCAUUCAUUAGAUGUUUAUUAUUCCAGUCUUAGCACAAUAUAGUAAGUUGUAAGCUGUGAUAUAGUGCUUGUAAAUAUUAGUUAUGUUAGGAAGGGACACAUAUUUUCUCAUUUUUCUUUGUAAACAACAUAAAAAUUCAUUGUUCAUGAAGCACAAAUAUAAUUUUAAAUCUAUUACGUAAAGUUAUCUUCCUGAGCACAUGUUUUGUAAAACUACACUACUACUGUUAACAGCGGGGUUCUGCACUUAUUUACAUUAUUUCUGCACAUCUCAGUAUAAUCCUAAGUUGUACUAAAAUUAUUAUUUUGAUAAAGUUAUUUGUUAUUAUUUUAUAGAAACUUAAAAUCUUAAAGAUAUAUGGGAUUUUAUUUUGAAAUUUAAUUCUUAUAGUACCUAAGCAUAAUAAGGCUCAUGGUAGUCAAAUCUUUAUUGUUAAAAUAUUUUUAGAGGACAGAUUUGGACUUAUGUCGGACUGAGUAUACUAUUAAUUCUGUUUAAUAAAUAAAUGAUUACAAAAAUAUA